CUAACAAAUUUCAAAACGCCAAGGUAAUGUCAAAAGCGUAAACACAAAUUUUUUAUUUCUCACCCCCCAUUAAAUUAAACCAAUCAAUCAAUUUCUAACUCAAUCUUUCAUAAAAAAAUAUAAAGAAUAUUAUACUAUGCAUAUAUUUUGAACUCUUCAACUUGAAUUUUAUCUAGUUCAUCAGGAAUGGCCGACAAAAAGAAAAAAAUAAUAACUACCAAGGAAGCUAUAAUCACUUCGAGAAGGCCAGUUAUAUUAAAAUCUGAUCGUGAAAUUCCUAAAGAUCAAAUGAAAGAAAAAAUUGAAAAAGAGAAACAACCAACUAUUAUAUUGAAAACUCGUGAACAGAGUACGCCCAAAGAUGAAAGACCCGUUAGUCCAAAAUCACAAACGGAGUUUGAAAAUCUACAUUCUUCAAAAAUAGCUCAAAAUGAGAAGGAAAAAAAAGAUCAGAAAUCCAGUUCAUCAUUUAAAACUAUGGUAGAACCAGUGAAGUUGCUUGAUGAAAAUUUAGAAUUUAACAGUGCAGCUCUUGAGUUUCUUAAUGAUUCCAACACAAAUUACCUAGUGGUUGGUGUAUUGGGCACACAAGGUGUUGGAAAAUCAAUGAUAUUAAAUUUAAUAGCACAAAAUGUACCAAUAAAUGACUUAAGCACCCAAAUACUAAGUUCUCACGAAAUUCCGACAGACACAGUUUUUGAAUCAACAGAAAUGGUACACUUAGAAAAUCAAUUAGAUAGUUUAAGCUUUUCUGAAGUAUCUGAAGAAAAAUCUCAACUAAGUCAAACUAUAUUUAAGUUCAAGAUGCAAGAUAUUGAAUACAUAGAACGAGGGGUUCAUUGUACUAAAGGUGUUGAUAUGUACAUUACAAAUGAUCGUAUAAUUCUACUCGAUUGUCAGGCUUUAUGGUCACCCUCCCUAAUAGAAGAAACAAGUGCGAACCCCGUUACGGCAAGAAGUGCAAAUAUUAUGACAGUGGAUUGUCUCCAAAUAGCCUCAUUCUUAAUGUCGAUAUGUCAUGUAUUAAUUGCUGUGCAAGAUUGGUUCACAGAUUAUAAUUUUAUACGUUACAUUCAAGCGGCCGAGAUGUUAAAGCCGUCGUUAUCAGCAUCAAAUACACUGACCACCAAUCAAGAAAGUUCAGAGUCAACAAGUAGUGGAGAAAAUCACCCACAUUUACUAUUGCUACAUAAUAGAUGCCAACUGGAAGAUUAUAUUCCAGAAGCCGUUAAAACUAUGCAGGACCUUUAUAGGAAAGCAUUCCAGCGAUCUAAUCUUCAGCUAAACUCCGGAAUGUACUUGUACAGUGAUACAGAUAAAAAUGGUCUUAAUAUAGACAAUGUUUGUAAAUCAUACAAUGUACAAACUUGCGGCACUCCAAUCAACUUAUUCCUAUUACCCGAGAUUUAUAGUGACUUUGACAACCACGAUAUAUAUCGUGGACAUCCUGCAUUUGAAGAUUUAGCUAAACGUCUCCGAUGGAUGAUCCUCGGUGUGAACAGACAUCAAAUAACGAAUGUACCAAACUUAUCUGAGAAAGGAUGGUUCCAAUAUUGUAGCAAAGCAUGGGAAACAAUACGAAAGUGCACUUUUUUCAUUGAAUAUGAACGAUUUCUAUCAUAAGUUUUAUUUAAUUUAAUGUAACAUUUAUAUUUGACUAAAUUAAUAAUUAACUUUGAUAAU